AUGAAAAUCAUCGACCACAUGUCUGCUCUACGUGUGGCAAAUCGUUUUCCCAGUCAUCAACAUUUACGAGUACAUUCUGGUGAAAGGCCAUACAAAUGUAUCUACUGUAAUAAAAGUUUCACAGCAAGUAGCAUUCUUCGUACACAUAUACGACAACACAGCGGUGAAAAACCCUUUCAGGUAGGACGAAUAAUUACGGUAAACAAGAAUAUAAAUUAA